AUGUCAGCAACAGGCGCAAAGGACCACGAUGCCGAGAAUAUUGAUGUUAACGCGUCGCAACUCCCACCAUGGCGACGGAGACUACGUCGCGUAAAGCUUCCAAUGCUCCCAGUUCACAACCAAGAAGGCAGCAAGGGGCUGGCCCUCACCACAAGCAAGGGCCACGUUUAUCUCCUCGACCAGUUCCGCGAGCGGGUACCGCUCCGCAUCCGUAAUCGUUCUGUCGCUAUGAUCUCUGAGUUUGUCGGCACUUUCCUGUUCAUGCUCAUCGGUUUAGGCGGUAACUCUGCUGUCAUCAAUGAUUCAGCCGUGGCUACACAGACCGGCGGAGGAGAUUCCUCAGCAGAUCCAGCCAAGAUCCUUUUCAUCGCAACGGCAUGGGGCGCAGCUGUGACAGUGAAUGCGUGGAGCUUCUUCCGGAUUAGUGGUGGGCUCUUCAAUCCUGCUGUAACUAUGGCUUUAAUGCUAAUCCGCGCUGUACCACCGCUUGAUGGUCUUCUCGAUAUUAUUAGUCAGCUUUUCGGUUCUAUCCUAGCAAGUGCUAUCGCAUAUGGACUAUUACCAUCCGGUGCUCUAGCAGCUACUGAAUUGGGUGAUAUGACCACUGUCACGCAGGGUUUGUUCAUCGAGGCAAGUUAUGACUCACAGGUCGUCGUGGCAGUCUUCAUGUUGGCAACGGAGAAACACAGAGCUACGUUCAUUGCGCCCGUUGGAAUUGGAUUGACGGUAUUUGCUUGCAUUCUUAUGGCCUCAACAUAUACCGGCGCAGCAAUGAACCCAGCUCGAUCAUUCGCCGUGUGCGUUAUUCAAGGAAGUUUUCCACACUAUCAUUGGAUCUAUUGGGUUGGUCCGGGGUUAGGUGCCUUGCUUGCAACUGCCUUCUAUCACUUGAUCCGCAAGCUGGAGUACUGGACGGUGAAUCCCAAUGUAGACGACUACGAGACAAAGGUUGGAGAGACCAUUCGAGAUGUCGCAAGCAGAGUUGCCGACAUAUCGAACGUUCCUGGGGCAAGUUCGAACGACGAUUCAUGA